UGAUAAGAUGUUUGAAACUCAGUUGUCCCUAAAUCACAAUGAUGACGAUCAGCAGUCUAUUCAAGAAGAUUUUCUUUGGGACCUGUGUUGCUGUUUUACUUGCGCUAGUACUGCUCUGCAAUUUUUCAAGUUACUUCACAGAGCAAUGGAAAGGAAACAUGUUUAAACAAAUAGCAUACAAAAAGAGCAACAAGUUUCCAGCACCAGUGUUGAUGCCACAUCAACCUCUUGCUGGAGUACUCCUGUCAGUGAACUUUAAUCAUCCGUUUUACAGUGUCAUACCUCUCCUUAAAGAAUAUUAUGAACCAGUUUUUGAAAAAAUAAUCUUUUGCGGACCUGAGAAGAGUUCUGAGUUUAAUGUUGUAGUUAUUGAAGGCAGCAGAGGGCAUUAUGGUUAUAUGUGUAUAGCUGAAGCAAUUAAGAAGUACCCAAACUACCUUGGCUACUUAUAUGUAAACGAUGAUAUGGUUGUUAACUGGUGGACCUUAGUACAGAAGCCUAGAGACAGAAUUUGGUAUGGUAAAGAUAUUAUCAAUGAGGCAGGAGCCAAUAUGGAUAUGCCUGCACCUUGUUGCUGGCACUGGUGGAACGAUGUUGGUGCUUUAGAAAAUUGCAGGAAAGCUUUUGAUGCCCUAAAUUCAACAUCAUCAUGGAAAGAAAAGAAACAUUUUGAGAUAUACUCCAACAACACAGGUGGCAUUCGCUUAUGUGUUAGAGCAUGGUCAGAUUUCAUGUAUAUACCCCAAAGGCUGGCACAGUCAUACCUAACUUUCUCAGAAUCUUUCUAUAGAUACCAAGUUUUUCUUGAAGUUGCUGUAUCGACAAUUCUUCUUAUGCUUGAUGCAAAAAAUAAGAUAGUAAAUUUGGAUGGAGCAUAUCUUCCUGACAUAUAUGGAGAUAUCGAUUUCUCAGAUGGAAAUAUUUUUGCAGAUAAUUAUGACACAAAGAGGAGCUUUUACCAUCCAGUAAAACUUUCAGUUGAAGGAAGGGCAUUAUCUCUAUUCAAGAACACCAUUAUGAGGAAUAGUAUACAGUGUGUAAAAAAUUUAGCUAGAAAUGCUACACUUAUAUGUUAA